AUGCUUCUUAUUGGAACAGAUGCACCACAGGCACAUAUACCCUUAGAAGUGCGUUCAGGCCGCCAUGAUCAACCCUACGCCAUUAAAACUCAACUAGGCUGGGCAGUGCGUGGACCUGUUACAGACACUACAACACAGAAAUCAGCUAAUGUAAAUUUUCAGCAGUCAGCUGAUGUAUUGUUACAACAACAACUUGAGAAAAUGUGGACUACGGACUUUGAUGACAAAGUGAAAGUAGAAAGAAAUUCAAUGUCUCUAGAAGACAAGAAAGCUUUAAACACUAUGAACUCUUCGUUGAGAUAUGAAAAUGGACAUUACAAACUGAAAUUACCAUGGCGUGACGAGAAAGCAGUAAUGCCUAACAACUUGACUCUUGCGCAUGCGCGACUCGAACAUUUGAAGAGGAAGUUAGCACGAGAUCAAGAGCUGCAUAAAAUGUACACAGCAUCAGUAACUGACUAUAUCCAGAAAGGACAUGCACAGGAAGUAACACACAUUGAAUCUGAUAGUAACCGCGUGUGGUACUUACCCCAUCAUCCUGUGACGAAUACUAAUAAGCCCGGAAAAGUGAGAGUUGUAUUUGACUGUGCCGCCAAAUACAAAGGAAUUUCCCUAAAUAGUCAACUUCUACAAGGACCCGACUUUAUGAACAGCUUGGUUGGCGUUUUAAUCAGAUUUCGUCAAGAGCCCGUUGCUAUAGCAGCCGACAUCGAGGCUAUGUUUCAUCAGGUCCGUGUCGAAGAUUUAGAUUGUGAUGCCCUACGGUUUCUAUGGUGGCCUGAAGGGGACAUGACUCAACAACCUAGAUGCUAUAAGAUGCUGGUACACCUAUUUGGCGCGACCUCAUCCCCAAGUUGCACAGCAUAUGCAUUAAUACGAACAGCGUCGGAUAACGCGCAUAUGUAUAAACCAGAGGUAGUCAACACCGUUAAAAGGAACUUUUACGUUGACGACUGCUUAAAAUCAGUUUCUUCUGAUGAGAAAGCAAUCGAGUUAGCCGCAGACUUGCAGUCAUUGUUAAGGAGAGGAGGAUUUCGUCUGACGAAAUGGCUUAGCAAUAAGAGAGAUGUCGUUGAAUCUAUCCCAGAGUCAGAACGAGCGCGAUCUAUAAUGAAUCUUAGCAAGAGUGACAGUUCGCCAGUAGAUCGUGCCCUCGGUGUUCAGUGGAAUGUAGAAAAAGAUGAACUCAAAUUUAAAGUGCAAUUAAGUGAAAAACCAAUAACAAGACGCGGCAUCCUUUCCAUCGUCAGUUCCAUAUUUGAUCCCCUUGGACUGGUAGCACCAGUAACUCUACGUGCAAAGGCUAUAGUACAAAACCUAUGUAGACAGAAGCUUUCAUGGGACGAUCCUAUCCCUGAAAAAGAUACGUACGAGUGGAAACAAUGGUUAGAUACUCUUCCAUAUUUAGAAUCUGUCUCUGUGAGAAGAUGUUUUAAACCACAGGACUUUGGAACCUUAAAGAAUGCCCAGCUACAUGUAUUCUGCGACGGUUCUCAACUUGGUUACGGCGCAUGCGUGUACUUGAGAUUAAAAGAUGAAAAGAACCUGAUUUCAUGCUCUCUGGUUGCUGGAAAAUCACGACUAGCGCCAAUAAAACGACAUCUAUUCCAAGACUUGAACUUUCAGGAGCAGUUGUCGCUUCCCGGCUUUAUACGCUAG